AAAAAUUAAAAAAUUAAAAUUAAAGCUCAAGUUUUUAUUUCUUUCUCGCGAUUUUUAAUUUCUACAACCCAUGAAUGAAAAUGCAUGUUUUUCAAUUCUGCAGAGGAUAACCUCGUAAAAGAGAAGAUACUUGUGUAAUGAAUUAAUGAUACAUAGUGACCGAACAUGGAAAGGCGAUUACCGUUUCCUCCCAAGGCAACAAAGAACCACCCGACUUUAUCGAGAGACGAUAGUCGAAAUCCACCUACAUUCAAACCCCCUCAAGAAUUCGAUUUACGACCCCCUUCACUUGCGUGGAAAGGUAAAACCUUUCUGCAAGAGGACGAAGAUGAAGACGAAGAAGAGCUAAUGACCGACGUUCUUUCGUUCAAGAUCGGUCAAGAUUCUUUCGAAGAAAACGGGUCCACUUCAUUUCACGGAGUGAGUCAUCCACCGGAACCUAUAGAUACAGACACGAUGAAACCCGUUUACGUACCGAUCGCCCACAAUAAAAACGAGGUCGGAAUCAAAACCCUAACCAAGAACGGCCCGUUUCUCAAAAGCCCAUUAUCUCUCUCACCUUCCGAUACCUUAACCGAAGAGGCGAACAUGCAAGAUUCGGACGAAAAGGAAUGCGUGUGGGACACUUCGUUGCCGCCGAGUCCACUCAGUAGCAUAGAUAGUGUAAGCGUCGCAAGAACUAUGAGCAUAGCCAAUAGCUACGCAAGCAGCACUUACCGAAGCGAUGGUUUAACGACGAGCGACGGGAUGCUUAGUAUGACGAAAGGGAAUAUUCUCGGAGAUUCCCUCGAGAGUACGAAAACCAGCCAUAGUCGAGCGAGUGAUAGUAGCGGACUUAGCGACGACAGUAAUUGGAGUAAUAAUACGGGGAGUGCGAAUAAGCCUCAUAAGGGAAACGAUCCUAGGUGGAAGGCUAUAAUUGGUGUUCGAGCGAGGGAGGGUAUUUUGGGCAUGAGCCAUUUUAAGCUGCUUAGGAGACUCGGGUGUGGAGAUAUAGGGAGUGUGUAUCUAUCGGAGCUGAGUUCGACUCGGUGUUUUUUUGCGAUGAAGGUUAUGGAUAAGGCUUCGCUUGCUAGUAGGAAUAAGUUGAAUAGGGCUCAAACGGAACGGGAAAUAUUGCAGCUUUUGGAUCAUCCAUUUUUGCCGACUUUGUACACUCAUUUCGAGACGGAUCGGUUUUGUUGUUUGGUUAUGGAGUAUUGUCCGGGUGGAGAUCUUCAUACUUUGAGGCAGAGACAACCUGGGAAACAUUUUUCGGAAUAUGCUGCGAGAUUUUACGCAGCGGAAGUUCUACUAGCACUCGAGUACCUCCACAUGCUAGGAGUGGUUUACCGUGACCUAAAACCCGAAAACGUCCUCGUACGCGACGACGGCCACAUCAUGCUUUCUGAUUUCGACCUCUCCCUCCGAUGCACAGUCUCUCCAACCCUAAUCCGAACCUCCGCACCAAACUCCGGAUCUGGAUCCUCCUUCUGCAUGGCGGCGGGCCCCACUUCCUCCGCAUGCAUGAAGCCCUCGUGCUUCCUCCCCCGCCUCAUCUUCCCCCAAAAGAACAAGAAAAAGUCGAGGGGCGAAACGGUAAUUUCGGCCGGUGCCCUACCGGAGCUUCUGGCGGAGCCCACCUCGGCCAGGUCGAUGUCUUUCGUCGGGACCCACGAGUAUUUGGCGCCGGAGAUUAUUAAAGGGGAGGGGCACGGGAGCGCGGUGGAUUGGUGGACUUUCGGGAUUUUUUUGUACGAGUUGCUCUACGGCAAGACGCCGUUUAAGGGGGCGGAGAAUCGGAAGACGUUGUUUAAUGUGGUGGGGGAGCAGCUGAGAUUCCCUGAUUCUCCGGCGACUAGCUACGCGAGCAGGGAUCUUAUUAGGGGUUUGCUUGUGAAGGAGCCACAGAAUAGGCUGGGGGUGAAGAGGGGGGCGACCGAGUUGAAGCAGCACGCGUUUUUCGAGGGGGUGAAUUGGGCUUUGAUUAGGUGUAGUACGCCGCCGGAGGUGCCGAGGCCGGUGGAGAUGGAAUUCCCGGCAAAGUUUCCGGCGAAGGUGGAGGAGGUGGUCGGUGGUGGUGGCGGCAAGAGGGUGGUGGGGACAGAGAUGAAAUCUGGGGGGAAGUUUCUUGACUUUGAGUUCUUUUAGGUUGGUAGGAGAAUUUGGUUUUCUUGUCCUUUUUUUUUUUUUUUUUUCUUAUUUAAUAUUUAAAUCAGUUCAAUUAGUUGAUGGUAAUGGAAUUUGUAUGUCCCAAUUUGAGGAUGCUUGAUAUUUAGUAACUGUAUUUCAACCAUAAUUUGAAAAUUGGGACAAA